CACUGUCUGUUCUCCUACAGAUUAGAUGAGAAGCCUAGCCUGGCCAGCAGCCAGUGACUAGUCUGGGAGUCAUGAUGCCGAUGCACCGGUGAGCGGCGACGGGGAGAGCUGUAGAGCCCAUGGGCUAGAAGAGGCAAGGACCCAGCUUGGCGUCUCUGAGCAGGAUCUGGACAAGUCUGAGCUGAGCAUGCCAGAGCCAGCGCCACUCGGCGUGGACAAGAAAGCGGUGGAGAAGAAGCGGGUGGAGAAGGUGGGAGCCAAAGGCAGUGCUGCCGGGCCUCCAGUCCCCAAGAGCCUCCCCGUACAGAGGAAGGUGGAGCCCCCCAGCCCGGACCCCGCAGAGGAGCCGCUCCUCUGGGAAGGGCUCACUCUCAACAAGUGCAUCCUGGUGGCCUCCGUCGUCGCCCUGCUUAGCGUCACCUUCCAGGUGCUCCAAGCGCCGUGCUCCAGGGAGGGAGUCAGCCGCGGCAGGGAGGACCCUCCACCGCCUCCCCUUCAUGAGGUGGUCAGCACCAAGGAGGAGGAGGUCCAAGAAGUGGUGACUGCCCAGCCUCCCCAGCCAGAGAGCAGCAUGUUCAAGGACGAUGAUGGUGACGACGAUGGCGACGAAGACGGUGAUGAUGAUGGUGAUGCUGACAGCAACCUGGCAGAGCCCUGGAUCUUCAAGAAGUGGUUUGGCCGCUCAGCACCGGAGGAUGGGGACGAAGAGCCCAUGGAUGUCCCUGAGGUGCCGCCAGCUGUGACGGUGGUGAAGAAGAGCUGGGAGAAGAAGCUGGAGAAGAAGGAGGAGAAGAAGGAAGAGAAGAAGGAGGAGAAGAAGGAGGAGAAGAAGGAGGAGAAGGUCCGGGAGGGGCGUGCUGCCCAGGCAGAGCGGAGCAGCCGGAGGGAGACACGAGCCAAGGACAGGGCACAGGGAGAGAAGUCCGGCAGAGCCCCCCGGGCCCCCCGGGAACUGGAGCAGCAACCCCAAAAGAAGCGGGGCCGGGAGUGGAAGGAGAGCCGGCGGGAGCGGGAUGAGCCCAGGAAGGAGGGGUGGAAGGGCCGUGCCAGCAGGGCCGAUGGUGGCGGGGAGAGCCCGAAGAGGGACUGGCGGCAGCAGAAGGGCAGGAAGCCCUGGGAGACGGCAGCCGCCCCGGGAAAGGACGGCAUCGCCAGGCCCAAGGAGGGCAAGAGGCGCGACUGA